UGCUGGCGGUGGCCUUCAACUUCAACGGCGUUCCACUGGGGGUCUGUGCCCGCGCUGGAUUUAUUCGGUUGGUGAAAUCGAACCAAGCAGCACACGAUCUCCGGACGACGGUUUUUUGACCGAACGCGCGUGGUCCGUUCAGCUGUUUUUGUCCGCCUUUCCAUUAUUUCACAUUCGAGUGCACAGACUGGGAUACGUGAUUUUGUCGAUUCGAACUGGUGGUCGCCGUUUGGGGGCCAAUAAAUUCAUCACAGAAUCAACCGUGAAUGUGGCGCGAUUGCUUCUUGGAUGUGUGGACUGUUCGUGUGGGAAAUCUGCUGAAUCCUGGAACCGGAAGUGACUACGUGACAAUCGAUUGAGUGAAUAUUCAAGUGGGUUACUUUCUGAAAAUUCCAAGAGGAAAUUACUCAUAGUGUUUGUUAACGACAUGGUGAUUGCCUGAGUGUAAAAAAGGAUGAUUAACCCAGAUUUGGUUGAAGUUGCACAACCGAGAGGAUACACAAAGCGACCACGACAAGAAAAGACGUGUCAGCCCCCGCCAAGUAGGAGGCAGCCGGUUUUCGAGUGAAAGGAGUAGUGUUUUGCACAAGGAGAAAUUGUUGUUCGCUAAGGUGCGAGACGAAAAAAAAAUCGCCAGCUGCCACUGAAUAGGAGAACGCUGGGAAGUUUUUGGUGAAUGCUAAUGCCCAUCGGUACCAAAGUGAAUUCGUUGUGAGUUUGAAACCGAUCGAAUAGAUUAAGGCAGCGUUUAAUUUUGAAGGUUGAACGAAUAGUUCCGUGUCGGGGAUAUAGGUGUGUAGAUGCGUCAAUAUUUUUCGUGGCCGAAAUUUCACCGUGGAAGCCGCACCAUUUUAUGAAUAUUCAGACUCCGACCACCAAACACCCUGAAACUGCUGAUUACACGUUCGAAGUAAGAAUAAAUAUUAGGCGGAUGACGUUGGCAUAGACUCACAAUACCGAAUGAAGAGAACGGAAUACAAACCGAUUCAACCAAUGUGCUUCCUACACAGGCUCUUUCGAUUGAGCCAUUAGUAGAGACUUGAAACGUUUCACUCACCAAGCAUCCGACGAAAUAAAUCCAAAUUACCACAAAGUCUGAGCAAACUAUUUGAAGGUGCUUUUCCAUUGCCACAACAAGCAGCUUCCAUUCCAUCCAAACAGCCAUGGAAACUAGACGGAGGCCAAGUAGGCGAACGCUGCUUCUACGAUGCAGUUAUCGUGUGGUUUGCUUAGUGCUGCUUGCCGUUACCUCACUCCCUGCGACCAGAGCAGAACACAGUACCGAUGAAGUUCAAGUUAAUGACACCACCCUAGCCACCGUAAUUGAAUUAAGUUCAAGUAGUUCUCCUGGAGAAAUUCCCGCCAUCACCACCAGCAGCAGCAGCAGUACCUUCCGCAACACCAGCAGCGCGACCGCAGACAUUAACAUGCUCGAGGAGUUCGAAACCGUUCUGGCAAGCUAUGUCAACGAUGCGCUGGAUCGGAAUUACAAAGAUAUUCUUGCAGGGCUGUCGCCAAGCCUUGCGCCGCGUGGGAAUGGUUCAUCCAGUCCGGUGCCUAGGAGUGGCAAACAAGAUGACAACAGCAUUCUGCCGCAUCUGUCCGAGUUCGAUUGGAAAAUAGUGCGCGGACUGGCUCGGUUGGCCGAUAAGAGAAUUUUCAAUCGAGAGAAGAUGUCUCGUGCCGUCGAAACCGGGAGACUAUUUUUCUUCAAAGGACUGAAGAAACUCGUAUGGCCCCUAAUAGUCGGUCUCCAGAUCGUGAAAACUGUGCUGUUGGUGCUUUUCUUGCCCAGCAUCAUCGGAUCGUUGGGUAAAAUCGUCGGCAAAGGCCUAUCAUCAGUUUCCGUGCUGUCCAAUCAACCCACCACGGUAGAAGACUUGGAUUUCAAGGACAACUCCUACAACUCGGAUCAGGAUUUCCACAUGACUAUGGAUAACAAUGCCUACCUUCCUCCACUGGAUGCCCAACCGUCUGCGACCAGCUACAAUGUGAUGUACGACGCAAACAACGCCAACUCCGCCCUGUCCAGGUUGGGUUUCGGUGGUGGCCGGGUGACGUACGUCAACACGGGCAACGAUUACAACCGGCAGCAGAAGCGGAAUGAAUUCAAAAUAUUCCACGACAUUCCCAGCAGCAGUCUGCUGCUGACGAAUUAUGAUCCGUUCUAUAGUCCGCUGCUGUCGCGGCUCGAUGCCGUGUUUGCUCAGAUGGGUUUAUCCAACAAGGAGGAGGCAUGCCGAGAGAAGUUGGUGUGUCUGAUGUAUUCUAAUCCUGCCAAGUACGCGCCUUAUAGCAAUCUGAUAUCGGCACAGCUGAGCAGGGAACUGAACGAGCUACGAAAGCCAACCAACGACAAUCCGGACAUUUUGCGAUUCUUCAAGUACAUGCGAGCGGCCAAAGAUGGCCAGGACGGAGUGGACUGCGAGCGGGUACACAAGGAAUGUGGCACCUACCAGGAUCUCUCCAAUCCGGCCAUGGUGACGACAUUCAACGACAUCAACAAACUGGUCCAGGCACGCAAACUGUAGACCCGGGGCCGUCGGUUGGCGGGCGUGCAAUGGCGGAAAAUAAAAACAAAUCAACGCAAAAUGGAUUUCAGAAAAGAAAAAAAAAAAGUUGUGGAAGAACAACAUACGUAGGGAACAAAGUUAAAAACUGGAUAAACAUUAGUUCCGUAGGAAGUAGUUAGAAAGAGUAAACUUGGUGGUACAAUAUUCCGCCCGGUGUGGAUGGCAAUCACACAGCUGGAAGAGAUGACGGCUUUUUCCGUAACGGGAGUCCCGACAUGAUGCGAAAUUGGAUUUUUCAGCACGUUGAAAAGCUUUUAUCCUUCCAGCUUCCUGCACACGGGUUUGUUGUUCGCCUCCUUAGAGAGAGAGAACGUAGCAAGAGAUGUGCUAGCGUUAGGGAAUGCGUUUUGUAGACAAGAGUAGCCCACAAGGAACAGACAACUAGCAGCUGGGAUUAAGUUUAGUAGAAUGAAAUGUGCCUGUAAUUAUUUAUUUUGUAAUUUAAUUCUCUUCGCUACCGAAUCUAUUUAUAUUUCUUAGUAAUUUAUUUAUUUAUUUAUUUUAUGUUGCCCUCUUUUGGGUCGAGAUAACUCAUUCCGUUGAAGGAAGGCUUUCCCUUCAGGAAAGUUUCAAAGCAUGGGGGAAUUGUUGACUACGUCCGUAUGUUAGAGAUGUUGUUUGCUAGGACUUAACAUAUUUAUUUAACUAGAAGCAAGUAGCAUAAAUGUUAAUUUAGACCGUGCUCUGAAAUGAUUGGUUUCGAGUGAAAACCCGCCCAGACGAAUGAAGGCAUUCAUCUCUCGCCACAACAAACGGAACCACAAUUGGUCUCGAAAUUGAAUUCGCUACGUAUAUGAAAUCGGAUUAUACUGAUUCAAAAGAACGAGCUCGUGGGAGGGACAAAUGGCAGUCAGGAUUGAGUGAAAUAUUAAUAUUAUGUGUAACGUUGUUGUAGGGAAAUAGGGAUGCACGUUUUAGGGUACGUUUAUGUGCGAGCAAAAUGCCGUCUAUCCGGUGGCACAUCCGUCUAGAUAACAUGAUUGAUAACAGAGUCAAAGUAGAGGCAAAUAUGGAAACAUGUGACGUAUUAUGAUGCAGGAAAACGUGCCUGCUGCAGAAUAAGGGAUCCUUCCACUGAAGUAGGGGGAGGUUUCUGUUCCUUCUAAGAAGCCGCUAGAAGAGGACAGACCAUAAGAUAACAAUAAUAACGAGAAUUUGGGAUGUGUUCCAUUUCCGUAGCCAGUCAGUUUGCCAGCAGAAUGGCACACACGAGAUGAUAAUAAAAUACGAAUCAAACAAGUA